CUUGCUGUUGUCGGUUUCCUCGCCAACUUGGACACGUCAAUCGUUGCCACUGCGAUGCCUACGAUUGCUUCUGAGUUCAAUUCCCUUAACCAGCAAGCAUGGAUCGCCCUGUCGUACCUCUUGACAAAUACCGUGUUUCAACCAAUGUGGGGUCGUGCAACGGAUCUGAUCGGUUCUCGCACUGUCCUCUUCGUCUCCGUGUUCAUAUUCGAGCUUGGAAGCCUGCUUUGCGCCGUGUCCAAGAAUUUCAUAUGGCUGUGUUGUGCCCGUGCAGUUGCCGGACUGGGAGGUGCUGGAAUAAUGAUCGUGAUCAUGGUCAUUGUAAGCCAGCUCGUUCCACUGAGGGAGAGGGGCAACUACAUGGGUAUCAUGUAUGCGCGGAUUGUGAUUGCUACGAUCCUUGGACCGCUUCUUGGCGGCAUCUUUGUGAGCUUCGACUGGAGGUGGUGCUUCUGGAUCAAUCUCGUCAUCUCUGUACCGGCCCUCGCGAUCUUAGUGGCAUUCAUUAAGAAGCUGCCUUAUGCGACCAAGCCGGAUGUCAGUUGGCUUGAUAUUGACUUCGGUGGCCUCGUCAUCCUCGGAGUUUGUGUCACCGCGAUAUGCCUUGCCUUUAAUUGGGGCGGCAUUGUCUAUGAAUGGGACAGUCCUGUCAUCGUAGCGCUUCUCGUGGUCGGCUGGGUCCUGGUCCCAGUGUUCAUUAUAUACGAAAUCAAGAUCCCUAGACUGCCCGUCAUUCCCAUGAAGAUGUUCAAAUUCAGGAAUGUGACGACCACCACUGUGAACAACUUCUUCACAGCGUCUGCUCUGAUGGGCGUUUUCAUCUAUCUUCCGUCGUACUAUCAAAUAGUUCGACACGACAAGCAAGUCAUCUCCGGGUUGGAAGUGUUACCUUACGUCAUGCCUCUGCUGCUCACUUCCACUCUCUCUGGGUUGAUCAUCGCCCGCACGGGCACCGUACGAGGCAUACUCUGGAUCGGAGGCUUGAUCAACCUGCUCGGAACCGGUCUCCUCAUCAUGCUCAAUGGACAACACCCGCGUGCCGUCGAAUACGUCUUGCUCGUGCUCACUGGGUUAGGGGGUGGGUUUUUGAUGCAGAGCACAAUUCUGAGUGCCCAGAGCCAAGUGACGCGGGACCUCCUGGCCACGGUUACAACUAUGGCCAUGUGGAGUAGGAGUAUGGGGGGAAUUCUCAGUGUCGCCAUGCAAGGAAGUAUCAUCACCAAUCUUUUCAAGCGCAGCCUACUGGCAAACUCAUCUGCAAUCCCCGUACGCUUAUUUCAUGUCGGAAGCGUCGACUCGUGUUUACCAUGA